UGGUUCGACGCCUCGGUGGACGUUCGACGCGCGCGUCCCCUGCUGCGCUCUCCCUCCCCCCACCGCCUAGCGGCACACCGAUGCAGUCGCUUUUCGGCAGCCGACGCAUCCUUACGUCGAAUUGUUCGAAACAACCUUUCGUGUUCGAGCUUUUGUCUACCUAUUCUGUAAUUAUGUGCCAUCUGUUCCUCUACGGUAUAUUCUUUAUUCUUCCCUCGUAAAUUAAUUCGCUUUUGUGAUCUUGUGUCAGUAUUACAUACCGUAGUAACUUGUUAGUCAGUGGUAUACAGGAUUUCUAUUGUGUCAGUAUUAUUUAUUUAACCAAGUUCGUGUUUGUGCCUAAUAUUUGGGAUGUUGCUGAAGCAAUAGGAUCUAAAAAAAUAUAUAAAAAAGGAGCCCGGCCGCGCGGCGUAGCGGGCGGGCCGCGCCAUGGGUAACAAGUGUUGCAGCCGCCGCCAUGACCCAGAAAGACCUGGACUCGUAUACCCAGGGUUCAAGAAUGACACUGGCUUCACCGCGUGCCCCUCCUUGGAGACGCGAUAUACCGGCGAGCCGAACAAUCGGGGCAUGACUAGGCCCCUAGCAGACAUAGUCAGAACGAGAAACCCUGGAAAAUGUAUAACCAACGGUGGGAGACGUAUUGUGAAAGCGCUAUGCGCGUACACAGCUCGCGCCGACUCGGACAUCUCGUUUCGGAAGGGAGACCGAAUGGAAGUGCUGAGCGACGCGGAAUCUGAUUGGUGGAGAGUGUUACACCUCACCACUAGAAGAGAAGGCUUAGUGCCCGUCAACUUUGUGGCGGAGGAGAGUUCUGUGGAGUGCGAAGAGCAGCCGUCCUGUUGCAGUUGGUUCUUCCCACACGUGUCAAGAAAAGAGGCCGACAAGCUCCUAUUGGCCGAAAGUAAUCCCCGAGGCACCUUCCUAGUGAGACCAGCGGAACAUAACCCUCAUGGAUUCAGCUUGAGCGUCAAAGACUGGGAGGAAGGGCGAGGGUACCAUGUGAAACAUUACAAAAUAAAACCGUUGGACAAUGGAGGGUUCUAUAUCGCGACCAAUCAGACCUUCCCCAGCUUGCCGGCGCUUGUUAUGUCUUACACAAAGAACGCGUUAGGGCUGUGUCAUGUGCUCGCGCGGCCGUGCCCGAAGCCCGAGCCCCAGAUGUGGGACCUCGGGCCCGAGCUGCGGGACAAGUGGGAGAUCCCCCGCAGCGAGAUACAACUCAUAAAGAAAUUAGGCCAAGGCAACUUCGGCGAAGUCUACUACGGCAAAUGGCGUAACAAUAUUGAGGUCGCCGUGAAGACCCUGCGGGAAGGCACGAUGUCGACGCAGGCCUUCCUUCAGGAGGCGGCUAUCAUGAAGAAGUUCCGGCACCCGCGCUUAGUCGCCCUCUACGCCGUCUGCUCCACCCAGGAACCCGUCUACAUCAUCCAAGAAUACAUGUCCAAAGGCUCGCUACUAGAGUUCCUCAGAAACGGAGAAGGGAAGUUCCUCAAAUUUGAAGACCUAGUCUACAUUGCCUCCCAAGUCGCCUCCGGUAUGGAAUACCUCGAAUCUAAAUUUUUAAUACACAGAGACUUAGCCGCUAGGAACGUGUUGAUAGCCGGCAACAAUGAGGCGAAAAUAUGCGACUUCGGACUCGCCAGGGUCAUAGAAGACAACGAAUACUGCCCCAAACAAGGAUCGAGGUUCCCUGUAAAAUGGACGGCGCCCGAGGCUAUAAUAUACGGAAGGUUCUCGAUAAAGAGUGAUGUCUGGUCAUAUGGAAUUCUGCUCAUGGAAGUAUUUACAUAUGGUCAGAUACCGUACCCUGGGUUGCAUGGGAAAGACGUGAUUGAGCAAGUAGAAAGAGGGUACAGAAUGCCCAAACCUGCGGGGCAUUACAUAUCUGACGAUAUCUAUAGACUGAUGUUACAAUGCUGGGACGCAGUGCCAGAGAAGCGGCCGACAUUUGAAUUUUUACAUCACUAUUUUGAUUCCUUCAAUGUGACCAGUGAAAUACCGUACAGAGAAGUGCAAGACUAGUGCUGUGAUAUAGUGAAAUAAUGUGGACAAGUCAGUUAGUGAAUACUGGAAUUGUGUGAAGAACGCAUUACACCACUCUUGAUUGGUCAUUGGUUGAGCCCUGUCAAAUGUGAAGUUUUGUGCCAGGGUUUAUCAGACUUGAGAUUUGACUGGCUAUGGCAAGGCAAGAGAAUUUGUUCCAUGUGGUUUAUGACCAAUUAGAACACAUCCAAACGGUCAGGAUUGUACUCCCAUUUUUAUGUUAAAGCGAAAUAAGAGACGCUAGAUUUAUAAGGCUGAUUGUGACGUGAAUUUGAAUUGGUUAAACUUGGUGAUUUUAGGUUACAUUGGUAUUUUCCUGAUCAUAAACUCCCACAAAAUAUUUCAAUAGCAACACUUGAAGGCCGUUUGAUUCAGGCCUGCGAUGGGUUGCCAUGAUCUGACACUGCCAAACUGUAAUGGCGUUCGCACACAUUUGCUAAUUCCAUUUCUUUUUAGUAUUUUUAUACUCGAAGCAUUAUUAAACAAAUACAGGAAUGCGUGAGCUUGUCAUUUUAUUGGUCGUAAGCUUCUUGUCUAAUAUUUGGUUGGCGUCUUAAAUAAAAUGUGGACGAAAAUGGUUAUUAUAAACGAAUUUGCAUGCUGAAGUGACUAAUUGAUCUGACGUUAGUUCAGGUAAGACAGGCUGAAGAAAAGUGCCUAAUAUCAGUCUGGAUCAGUGUAUCUAUUGAUUAUUGACCAACAAUUUAAUUGAACCAACGAAACAGGUUCUAAAACGCGCAAAGUUCUAGCGUAACAUUUAGUCUUGUACAAGUUACACUUUCUAUGUUCUUAUUUAUUAGCAACUGUAGCUUAAGCACUUGUAGAUUAAUUUCGCAUUUUGUACAAAGUGAACUGUCUAUGCAUAAGCAAUAAGGUUUAAAAUCGAAAAACACGAUAUUUUCAUAUUCUAAAGUGAAAUGUGAUAUUUUUUCAUCACUUGCCCACAUAAAUGUAUAAAGAUCUCCAGUUCAGUGCUCUUUGAAAGUUAAAAUAUAGAAUAUAAUUCGUUCUAAUAGCCUACACAUAAUUUGCACGUUUUUAGAUGAGAUUGCGUUUAAACUAAUUCGUCAAAAAUGUCAUAUGGCUCCUUUGCAAGAUAUUUGCUUCUCAACAGAAAAUGUAGAAAUUGACAAAAUAAAAAAAAAUUGUUUCGCUUUCUUUAGAAAUUUAUACGAAUGUCUCAGUUUGAUAAUAAUUCGUGAUUUGUAAAAUGUAUGUAAUUUAUGUAAAAAUAAAAAUUGAGGUUUUAAAUUAAGAUCAUAAUUUUUUGUUGAUGUUUCAAGAUUGCAAAGGGGCCAAAUACCAACAUAUGUAAAAAGACAAAACUAGCUUUAGGACUAUAUACCAAAGAGUUAUUUGUACAUUAAGAGCGAACGAUUAACGGAGCAUUAUUUAAUUUCUAGCAUAGUUAACUUUUUGUGACCUGUAUUUAAUUUGACCAAUAUCAUAUGACAAAUUUAUAAGUAUUUUACUUUGAGAAUGAGCAACUAAUGAAACGAUAAUUGGUAAUUAAUUAAUCAUUAUAAAAAGGAAGAGUUUGGACAUUUCAAUUCAUAGUUGCCUCAUAUAGUUACUAAUUAAAAUCUAAUAUUGACUGACCUAUUGUUUUUUGUUUAAAAUUCUUCUUUCGACGCCCAAUUUCGCGCUCUGCAUUCUUAAUCUAAAAUAUGCAACGCUUCAAAGGCGCUGGCGCUUACUUGAAAUAAAGCGCGGCACAUAAUGGAAAAUCUAUCUAAUACCUUUUUAUAAAAUAUAUAUGUUUUUCCCUACACUACAUAUAUUUGGUUUAUUGCAAAAUCGCAUCGGUUUGUUUAAUAUUUUGGUAUUUACUGUAAGUUAAGUUUUAAAUUUUGCAAUAUUCUAUAUGUAUUUAUGUUUGGCUACUGUAAUAAGUAGAAAUAACAUCUGUCAACACAAGGUAGAAAUUUCAGCAUUUGUCGUGGUUUACAUCAAAAACGCGCAUUUGAAAGAGUAUUAAAACUACGCUUUAAUCACUUAAUCAUUUUUCCCUAGAUAACGUAUAAUAAAGCCAAUGAAAAUAGUGUCUUAUAACAUUCCAAAUAUUCAAACGCGUUAAAUUUGGACACUUUUGUAUUGAAAAUGA